UUUGAUUUUGAAUUUUCUGAAAAUGUAGGCCUUAGCCUUGACUAUUCAAAAUUAAAACUUUCAAAAAGAUCAAAACCAAGUAAAAUGGCUACAAAUACAUUGGCCCAGUGGCUUGUGUCCUGUGUCGUGGGUGUGGUGACGGUCACGAAUGUGCUGCGCCACUGCCAUGUCGCUAACGAUAAGGAGACGGCGCACAGGACUGUCAGCAUCGCAAACUCGGCGGAAAUCGACAGCUCCGCCCUGGCAAACGAAGAGGAGUCAGCGUCGCAGCGGUUUGCUGGCCAACCAGUGACGGCAGCAAUCGACCACUCGGACAUGAUCGAACCUCCCGCUCUCGGCUCGGAAACGGUCAAUGCGGCUCUGCAGCGUUUGUUCAGCAGCAAAGAGAUUGGGAACCUGGAUCGUAGCAGUGUCUACAUCGAUGCCAUGCACAAUAAUGCCAACAAACAGGAGUAUACACUCGGCUCGGAGGCACUCAAUCGCAUACUGGAGGGGCUCCAGGCACCAUCGGGUGCGACUGGUGGUUCCAGCAAGCAGUUGUCCUUUGAACCGCCCGCAAAUGUUUAAACUACAAGAUGAAGAAUUCAAAUAAAUUAAAGUUUCAC